AUGUUAAAAAAACAAAAAUAAUUAAUCGAAAACCCUGUCAAUGACUUAAGUGUUUGUCCAACCAACAAACUCACCCUUUCCUCUCUCGAUAAACCCCUCUUCCCCACUCCUUGGAGGAGUUACCAGCAUUACAACAUUCAAACACCCACCAUCCUAAUUAAUCAAACUGACAGAGUCUAAGAAAUGUCCUUUCAAAUAGAUAAACUCAAACCUCGCUAUAGCAGAUCAUUAACAAAAAAUAGAAAGCAAUAUCUACAGGACACUGUAUUUAAUGCUUACGAUCCCAAGCCAAUGGAAAAGUAAAUUUUAAAUGGCAGUCGUCUUAAGUUUAAUGGAGACUUGAGUAUGAACCUCUAUUAGGAUGAACCUAAACAAUAAUUGCUCCUUCCUCUUAUAACAGAAUCUGUCAAGGUUGGUUCAAUCACUAUUAGUAAAGAUGUGGCUCUACCCAAAUAUCUUGAUCCUCCCAAAAGUAAAAGGGUCGGCUUCAAAAAAUUACCAGAAUACUCUAUUCGCAGAUUCAGUCAUGUUGAUGAUUUGGUCGAACGAGUCAGAUUGCAAUAGGUUGAUAUCCUCAAGAAGUAUCAAGCCAAGUCCUUCUCCAAGGACAUACAGAAUAAACUCAAGGAUGAGCUAUUUAUCAUACUUAAAUAAUUUGAAUGA